UCUCGCGGGCAGCCGCUGCCGCCGCCGGGGGAUGCUGCCGUCCCGCUAUGUUUGGCCCCGGCGGUUCUGAUCCCUGACUAAACAUGGCGCUGGGCUCGGCCGCGCUGCCCGCUCGGAACAUGGCGGGGGGCGGCCGGGGGGCGCGGGUCCUGCUGCUGCUGCUCCUCAGCGGCUGCUGGGGCGAGCAGCCCCCGGCCGGGGGCAGCGGGGCGCCGGGCGAGGCGGAGGAGACGGUGAUCAUCGGGCUGCGGCUGGAGGACACGGACGACGUCUCCUUCAUGCAGCGGGGCGCGCUGCGGGUGAGCGAGCGGACGCGGGUCAAGCUGCGGGUCUACGGGCAGAACAUCAACAACGAGACCUGGAAGCGCAUCGCCUUCACCGAGCACGAGCAGCGGGCGGGCGGGCGGCCGCCGGCCGAGCAGGAGGACGGGCCGCGGGAGAGCAGCUCCCCGCAGCGCUGCGGCAUCCGCACCUCGGACAUCAUCAUCCAGCCGCACAUCGUGCUCAAGCGCCGCACCUCGGGCAUCAUCGAGAUCGACAUCAAGCCCCUGCGCAAGACCGAGAAGAGCAAGUCCUACUACCUGUGCGUGUCGCGCCCGGCCGCGCUGGAGGCCGCCGGCCCCGAGACCACCUGGGUCUACCACGACGGCGAGGACACGAAGGUGAUCGUGGGCGAGGAGAAGAAGUUCCUGCUGCCCUUCUGGCUGCAGGUGAUCUUCAUCUCCCUGCUCCUCUGCCUCUCGGGCAUGUUCAGCGGCCUCAACCUGGGCCUCAUGGCUCUGGACCCCAUGGAGCUGCGCAUCGUGCAGAACUGCGGCACCGACAAGGAGAAGAACUACGCCAAGCGCAUCGAGCCGGUGCGCCGCCAGGGCAACUACCUGCUGUGCUCCCUGCUGCUGGGCAACGUGCUGGUCAACACCACCCUCACCAUCCUGCUGGAUGACAUCGCCGGCUCCGGGCUGGUGGCCGUCGUGGUCUCCACCAUCGGCAUCGUCAUCUUCGGCGAGAUCGUGCCGCAGGCCAUCUGCUCCCGUCAUGGCUUGGCCGUGGGUGCCAACACCAUCUUCCUCACCAAGUUCUUCAUGAUGAUGACCUUCCCAGCCUCCUACCCUGUCAGCAAGCUGCUGGACUGUGUGCUGGGCCAGGAGAUCGGCACCGUCUACAACCGCGAGAAGCUGCUUGAGAUGCUGCGGAUCACCGACCCUUACAACGAUCUGGUCAAGGAGGAGCUUAACAUCAUCCAAGGGGCGCUGGAGCUGCGCACCAAGACAGUGGAGGAUGUGAUGACCCCACUCCGAGACUGCUUCAUGAUCGCUGCUGAGGCUGUUCUGGACUUCAGCACCAUGUCUGAGAUCAUGGAGAGUGGCUACACUCGCAUCCCCGUCUUCGAGCGUGACCGCUCCAACAUUGUGGACCUGCUCUUCGUCAAGGACCUGGCCUUUGUGGACCCAGAUGACUGCACCCCGCUCAAGACGAUCACUCGCUUCUACAGCCACCCACUGCACUUUGUCUUCAACGAUACCAAGCUUGAUGCCAUGCUGGAGGAGUUCAAGAAAGGCAAAUCUCAUCUGGCAAUAGUACAUCGAGUCAACAAUGAAGGGGAAGGAGACCCUUUUUAUGAAGUCCUGGGGAUUGUCACGUUAGAAGAUGUGAUUGAAGAAAUCAUCAAGUCUGAGAUUCUAGAUGAAACUGAUUUGUACACUGAUAACAAGACGAAAAAGAAAGUAGCCCAUCGGGACAGGAAGCAGGACUUCUCUGCCUUCAAACAGACAGACAGUGAGAUGAAGGUUAAAAUAUCACCACAGCUCCUCCUGGCAAUGCACCGUUUCCUGGCAACAGAAGUAGGAGCAUUUGGCCCAUCCCAGAUGUCAGAGAAGAUCCUCAUAAGGCUCCUAAAACAUCCUAAUGUCAUCCAGGAGCUGAAAUACGAUGAAAAGAACAAGAAAGCCCCAGAAUACUACCUCUACCAGAGAAACAAGCCUGUCGACUACUUCAUUCUCAUUUUACAGGGGAAAGUGGAAGUGGAGGCUGGGAAAGAGGGAAUGAAGUUUGAAGCUGGUGCUUUUUCCUAUUAUGGGGUGAUGGCCCUCACAACAUUGCCAGUUCCCUUGUCCCUGUCUCGUACCUUUGUUGUCAGCAGAACAGAAUUAUUAGCAGCAGGUUCUCCAGCUGAAAACAAGUCACCCCCUCAUCCUUGUGGCUUGAACCAUUCGGACUCUCUAAAUAGAGGUGAUCGCAUUGAAGCGGUGACACCAACGUUGGGGAGCAGCAACAACCAGCUGAAUGCAUCUUUCCUUCAGGUGUACAUCCCAGACUACUCAGUGAAAGCACUCUCAGAUAUUCAGUUUGUCAAGAUCUCAAGACAGCAGUACCAAAAUGCCCUGAUGGCAUCCCGGAUGGACAAGACACCUCAGUCCUCGGACAGUGAAAACACUAAAAUCGAACUGACUCUUACUGAGCUGCAUGAUGGUUUGUCGGAGGAGACGGCAAACCUGCUGAAUGAACAGAACUGCGUGAUGCACAACAAGUCCAAUCACAGUAUGCAUAGCGAAGGCUCCAUCUAGGAGCUAACAAUCUGCAUCCUUUCCCACCCAUCACUUCAGCAGGACCAGUCAUCGCUCCUUCUUGACUGCAAACGCUCUUAGUAUGUGCUUGCAAUGCUGUGCUGCAUCCAGUGUUCUGAGACCAAAGACUUAGCGCCCUUCCUGGGAGCAGAAGAGGAAGAAACGAGAACACAGCAAGACAAAAACCAAACAAACAUUGGGCAUGGUGAGUGCCCCUUGGAGAACGAUGGGAUUCUUCCUCGCAAAGUAGAAUCGUGUUUAUUUUUUCAGCCGUAUCUUUGACCCUCAUUGGUUUCCCCUCCUUCCUAGAUGCACGGAGAAGUUUUUAAAACUGCUCUGAUUAUUUUUUCAAGAGAGAUCAUGUUUUUAAAAAGAAUUUUGCAGAGUUUUAAAUGGUUGCUGAGCCUCCCCUCCCCCGAAUAGGCUCUGUUGUGACUUUGUGAAUCAGCUCCAGUGUCAUAGACCUGUUUCCACCCCUCCUUUUGGUCCUGUCUGUUUCCCUGUUGUUAAAACAGCAACUGGUACCCAUAUGUAUUUGUGUCCUGAGAACAAAGAAUGGAUGAGACUUCAAGGAACUUGUGGCUUAGCAGUAUGGAAGUUUGGGGGAAUGGGCAUUAUUUUCUCCCCAGUUGAGCUUCAGGGAAGAGGUAGUUAUUUUGGUUGCAUGUGUUCAUAAAUUUCAGACGGUUCCUUGUAAAACAAACAAAAAGAUUUACAGUUUUGUAACCUCCACAGAUGUUGUGUAUUUUGAAUAUGAAGGUGGGUUUUUAAUCGACAUAACUGCAGUCUCAUCAAAUUACAGACCAGGAUAAAUUUCCCUAGUAGUGUACUGGGCAAUUUUUGUCCCCCUGGAAUUUGCAUUAAUGUUACUGGGAAUCACAUGGUCAAGUUCCCUGCCUCCCCUGCUGUACUGAAAGCGUGAACCCCAAAAUGUCGAAUCUCAGAUUCUAACAUACUGAAGUAGUCUGUGUGCCCUUUGCUUUAACCAAAGCAUAUUUGUAGGGCAUGUUAAAUAACUGGGAUAGAAUUCAGGACAAAUCAUUCCCCCAGUAUUACUGUUCGUGUUAAGACAAAAGAUGCUGCUACAACAAUGUCCAAAGCAAAUCCUCCAGGUGGCCCCUAAACCUUUGCCAUUGCAAGAUGGAUUUCAUGGUGGAGUGAGGGCCUUCCUGAUCUCCCCAAAGACUGACCAAGAACUUCCACUACAAGCUUGAUCUGUAUUUUGUGGAGGGAGUUUGAGGGAGUAUAUUGUACUUCAGGGAUUGGAGAGGUUAGUCUCCAGGCAAUUCCCCUAUUUUUGAGGAGCUGCUGGAUUUCCUUCCCUCUUCCCUUUUAUCUACUGUUCUUCUAGCUGUCCACAGUAGCGUCCUCCAUGACUGCCAUCAGUGCCACUCCACCUGCCCAUCCCAGAGCCUGGCCUCAGAGUGGAGGGGAAAUGCGUUCAUUGGGAGGUCACUGUGUUGUAUAUUGUAAACCCCCAAAAUGCAGAGUCUAUCAGUGAGCAAAUGCUGCAUGGUGGUUUCUCUGUUGACUUUCAGUCUGUGCUGCUCAAAGAACAUCCCGUGGCCUGAUUGUUAUGUACCAUUUUCUUUCUUUACCCUCAGAGAAGCUUUACCUGACUGAGUUUAAAAGCAAAGCCCAGUUGCGGAAUCCUCAGUGUCAGUGUUGCCUCCCCCUUCCCUUAGCCCAGGUGGGAAGCACCUUCUCUGUGGUUGUGAGUCAAGUUUGACUCCAUAGUUGCAUCUGUGCAAACGCGUUCUGAAAAGGUGCAAACAUUUCACUGCAGCAGCUCCUUGUAGGAAGACAGAUUAUGUGGCUGCUGCAUGGGGGUCUGUCCCAUUUGCUUUAGGCCUUAGGAAGCAUUUUGCUGUUUCCUCUGAGGAGGGGCCACAGAUGGGUCCUCUGUGCCCCCCAGGGAGAGAUGGCAUGGGGCAAGGCAGUUCUUGGCCCCUUUCACAGAAGGUACUCUAGCCCUUUUGAGGGCAGUCAGUAAAGUCCCCCCAAGGGGAAUGGUCGUUCCAUGCAUGGUAUUUAACAUGUGGAACCGUGAGACUGGGAAAUUCGGCCCCGAAACUUAACUCCCUCAUUUUUUAACCUUGUAUUUUAAAAAAUGCUGCUGCUUUUUCCUUUUAAACUAUGUGCCUGUUGUCUCCUUCAGCGUUUUCUGGCCCACCCAUUGGCUCUGGUACAGCGCUGUGAGAGAACCGCAGCCACCUGUGGACGUAUGUGCCACACAUGCCUCGGAUGGAGCUGGCAACGUACAGGUUACCCAGCAGCCCCCCUUUAGCUGUCUCAAGGAGGGCUGCUAACGUUGCACCUUUUCUGCCAGAGCAGAGGGAUGAAAUGUUAUGACGUUAACCCACAUAGAAGAGAGAUCUGUUCCCUUGCUUUGGUUGCCUUCAUUUAAGCUGCCAUUGUGCCCUAAUGUUCCUGAUUGUGAACCACUGUUGAAAACGAUGCAUAGCAUGGUAAUCCUGGGCUGCAGUAUGCUUCGUGUCAAACCUGCUGAGUUAGGGCAGGAUUCAGAUGGAGGAAAUUCUCUGCUGGGGAGAUUUCUAAUUUGAUUGGAUUUCUGGUUUUCAUGCUGUAUUGUGGCUUUUUUGAAAAUAUUUGUUCCUCUGUAACACAAACCACAAAAGCCAUGUCAUCCCAAAGGCGAGUAACUCCUGUCUCUGUCCGUGGGUCGCUAGUCCAAACUCUCCAGGCUGUUUUUGCAGAACUUUUCCCUUCACUCUUCCAAAUUUGGUAAGAGAAGGUGAAGUAACUUUCAUAAAGCUAGUUGGUCAUGGGUGUGAUUUUUAUGGAAAACGGACAUCCUCUGUAGGGGGACAGGAGCUCCCACAAAUUGGCUUCAGGGACAAGGCAUGCUGUCUUUCCAUAGACUGGCUUCUGUGGAAAAAAAUCCAGUCUCUCUGCUGUAAGAGUACAUGGGGCUGUUGAAAUGUGAAGCGGGGACAGUAGAGAUGGGCUUCUGAGGGAAAUGGCUACCAGGGCGUGGGGCAGGUGCCAGUGCCAGUGCAAGCAGAGGGACGACACGCCCAACUCAGGAACCAGUCUUAGUUUUUGAACCCGUGUUUGCAGAAAUAGUGUUCCUGCUAUUCCUGCUGCAGUGGAAAUCCCCAGAGCUUCUCCUGUGCCGUAAGCUUCCUACCAGAGCAGACAUAGCGCUAUGUGAGUCUCCGCUUGGCUGUCCAAAUUCAGGGGUGCUCAGGUUCUAGAUGCUACGGUACAGUGCCAUGCACACCCAAAGCAGAGCUGUCUGUCAGUCACUGUCAUGAAACAAGGCACCAGCUGAAAGCUUUGGAAAUCAUUGGACUUGACUUCAGUCCUUGACCCUUUGCAAGGCUUUGAUUUGUAGAAAGGAUACGGCAUCGUUCAACAUUGGCUCCUGUGGCCUGUAUUGUUGCCCUCUUCCACCUGCAUCGAAGUGCAAGCUGAAGUGCAGAAUCCAGCUUAUUAGCUGGUGGUCUCUGGGAGGCAGGAGGGCGUGCCACCACGGAGUCCUAUGUCAAUACACUUUUUGCACAAAAGUUCUUUGAAGUGAGGUUUUCAACACUAAUAUCUUAAAUGCACAACUGUGAAUUAAUUUUUACACUCCUGUUGGGUGAAUCCUGUUUGAAUGAAAUGAACCUGAAUCUGUUGUCACCGUGAUUUUUAAUUCUGUGUAUUGCCAAAUCUUUGUAAAGAGUGAAGGAAUGUUCUUGCUUUAUAAUGAGAAGCUCUCUCUCCAAGCAAGACUGACUCUGGUGGCACAGAGAUCAGAUGAAGCACAUGAGCUCUGAGUGUGGAGGUGGAUUUAGCAUAUAACCUUUCCCUUCUGCAGACCCUACUCACAGGUGAGAGUUUGCAGGGCCCUCAUUAUUCUACUUGCCCCAUGUCUGCAUCCCAAAAUCCCUGCACAGUGGGAGGCCCUUCCCCAAGGAUUGCUUAGCACUGGGUUAUAGCAGAGAAUGAAGGCCAGGAUUAAGGUACAGCAGCAGAGGUGUGGGAUAGCCCAGGAUUGGCAUAGCCGGUGCAGCCUGAGAUUGAUGUGCAUUGUCAAAGUUAAGUGGGGGACCCAGGACUGGCAUAGCAGGAGGUGCUAUAGAUCAGGGAUGAGGUACAUCAGCAGAGCUGGAUGGGGCAGGCUUGCAUGGUACUUCCUUGCCUUGGUUGUUGCUUUCAUUCCCAUACAAUUCUCUCUCUGAUUUCUCCCAGGCCAUUUUGUGUCACUGUUCCUAUACUGAGCUCAGAGUGGUGCCCAGUAUUGUUUCCAUAUGUCGCAGUCAAAGUCUAACCUGGCUCCACAUUUAGCAGUGUGGUGGUCAUGCCAUAUGCACACAUUUCCUCCAGACUCUCAUUCCUGUUCACAUGCCCUUGGCGUUCACCUCUCCUGGGGAGAAGGCAUGUGGGGAGGGGGAAAAGGGAAUGGCACCUGGGAGACCCACUAACAUCUCCCCGUUGCUGCUCCUUACCCCGCAAUGGGCAGGCACUUAAGCAGGCUGGGAUUUGGCCUUGGAGGAGGUAUUCUGUUUGAAAGUGGCUCAAAGGAAAAUGGAGUGGCUGAUUGGACAGCAGCAGUGCUCCGCCCCCUUUGGUUGCCAUGGUGCUUCAUGUGAUCUCUGUGGAGCUCAGCCAGAAGAGAAGUGGUUGUGAAUGGCAGCUGGCAGCAUGUCUCCUCGCUAGCAUCCCAGGUAACUACCCCGUAUGACAGAGGGGAUGACCAAGUUCUCCAGGACCUGCUGGGAAAUGCAACUUCCUCAUGCUGAUAUAGAAUAGACACAAAUCAUUCCUAUGUGAUAUACGUACCAUAUGUUAUAGGAUAUCGAAUACACAAAUCAUUGGUUUAAAACUAGUACCUGUGUACCAGUUGUUACGUUAUCCAGUGUCUGGAUUAGUUUAGAACUAGCAAACUUGGGGAAGGGUGGGUGUUACCAUUACAGUAUCUUUGUUAACAUUAUAACUUGAGACUUUAUACUGAAGGUGUCUGACUGGCAUUAAUAUGUUAUAUAGAAGUUUGUAUAUUGUAGACUUUAAUGCCAUAACUGGGGUUUGCUCAAUAGCACUGUGUGAAACAGACCUUGGACUUGGUGUACGUCAUGCUGCUUUGGCUUUGUGUGUGUUGUUCUUUUUUUAGGCUGUCCAUCGUGUGGCUUCAAAAGGAUCCAAAGAAAUAUUUGGUCCUUGGAUUGAAAGAACAAUAGGGGCUUGGCCUCUUCUGACCGGGAAAUAAUCAUCUUAGACAUAGAAUAUCAGGGUUGGAAGGGACCUCAGGAGGUCAUCUAGUCCAACCACCUGCUCAAAGCAGGACCAAUUCCCAAUUAAAUCAUCCCAGCC